AUGCUCGAUUUUGAUUUUUUUGCCAAAGCAGUGGCAGCCCUGGAGUGGGGCCGGACGGCCGCUGCCUCGCCGGCGCGGCUCCCCGCGGCGACGUAUCGGGCGCGCCUCGACAAUCAGCGAGCACAAUGGCGCCGCCAGAUGAGCGCGUGCCACGCCGCCACAUCGACCGGCGCGCCUUCCACUGGCGUCGCGGCGCCCGGCGUCGGGGGCUACGCGGCCGACCCCCACAGGAUUGCUGCAUACCUUACAUCUCCUGAAAUAACUGUUACACAUAUGACAGUAGUCAGAACUCUUAAGAGGAGAAAAAGUGGAUCACACAUGUGUAAGCUGAAUUUAGUUACUUGUGAACAAAACCCAGAGGAGGGAUCAAGUAGCAACAGCACUGUAGAAGACACAGUAAACAACAUCCAGUCAGAGGAUGGCUGCGACACAAAGGACCCUGAGAAAAAGACCAAGAAGAACGUUAACCGCUGCGCAGUCUGUAACAGGAAGGUUGGUCUCACAGGUUUCUUGUGCCGGUGCGGAGGCCUGUUCUGUGCCGUUCACCGCUACAGCGACAAGCACCAGUGCACAUUCGACUACCGCGAGAUGGGCGCCGAAGAGAUACGCCGAAACAACCCCGUCGUCGUCGGAGAGAAGGUCAAGAAGAUCUGA